CCCUUUCAAGCGCUCCUUGCCAUCCCAGCCGAGAGUCUCCUGCCGCGUCCAGCACUCCGUCCGCAGCCAUGCUCUCUCUCAUCUCCAUCGUCAACGGCGCUCCCGUCCCGGCGGCCAGCACGCGCUCCAACGCUCGCGCUCUCGCCGGAUGGCAGGCGUACAUGAACCAAGGCAUCGAGACGGGCGCCGCCUACGCCAACGCCGGUGCCUCCGGCGACGACGUCUUACUCCAAGACCUCAACGCAGAGACGGCCGACAAGUUUGAUAGCCUGAACAGCGGCAAGACGACGGCCGGGUCGCCCGCUGUCAUCGCCGACGGCCAGCUCAGCGACGGCAUCCUCACGGCAGUCAACCAGCUCACGUCGGCGCUCGGCUCCCCGGCCUCCUCGCCAUCCUCAGCCGCCGCCGCCGUGGACGAGAAGGCCUCCGAGCCGCCGCACGGCGCGAGCUGGCAGGACUACAUGAUGCAGGGCAUCCAGACCGGCAUCGAGUUUGCCAACUCGGGCGCCGGCGUCGCCUCCGGCACCACCGACCCGUCCACCGACUUUGGCGCCCUCUCGGCGCAGACCGCCGACCACUUCGACGCGCUGAACCACAAGGGCGGCGCGGCGGCGGCGCCGGCGAAGGAGGCGGGCGGGCAGCGGCGCAAGCUCACCGCCGGGUGGCAGAGCUACAUGAACCAAGGCAUCGCCACCGGCGUCCAGUACGCGGGCGCGGGCGCCGGCGUUGCCGCCGGCACUACUGACCCAUCGACCGGCUUCAACGGCAUCAACGCCGAGACCGCCGAUCAGUUUGACGCGCUGAACCGCAAGGGUGAGGCGAUCGAGGUGGCCGAGGCCGAGGCCGAGGCCUCCCCGGAUGCCGCCACGCCGGCCGUCGGAGCCUCCGACGCGCUCAGCGGCGGCAUCCUCGCGGCCGCCAACCAGUUCGCC